AUGCUGCCAGUAGUAGAUGCCUUCCUGGCCCCAGAGGUGCUUUUGGUAGCAGGUGUGGUCGUUGCCUUAGUGCUCCUAUUCUAUCCGUAUAUCGUGUGGAGGAAGGAGGCCGCGGCGCUCGAAGGGGUUCAAUCACCGGUCGCUCGAAUAUCUUGGUCUGGCAGCAGUCCCCAGAAUGCCAUCAACCAGAUUUAUACAGCGGCAUCGGUGGACCUGAGCUUGGUAGGACUCUAUUUAUCUAUCACCCCACGAGGAAGUAUCCAUCGCCACUAUCAGGUUGUGCCAGCAUAUAAUGAAGCAGAGAGGCUGCCUCUCAUGUACAAGGAAACGAUAGCGUACCUUCGUAGACGACUCGAUAAGGAACCAUCGAUGACCUUUGAGAUAAUAAUAGUCAAUGAUGGCUCUCGGGAUGCAACAGAAGCUGUGGCCCUCCGUCUGGCACGUGAUAACGUCUUUCCGAAUAUCGAUACCCGCGUAGUGGGGCUGGCUAGGAACAUGGGAAAGGGAGCGGCUGUCCGUUAUGGAGUGAGAUGCUCUCGUGGACGACGUAUACUCAUGGUAGAUGCAGACGGCGCUACUAGAAUUGACGAUCUCGCUCGCCUUGAGGAAGUCAUGAAUAAAGAUUCAGGCAUUGCUGCGACCUUUGGUUCGAGAGAUCACCUCAGAGAUACUGAUGCUGUAGCGAAGCGAAGCCCUAUUCGAAAUGUUCUUAUGGCAGGUUUCCACUUGAUUGUAUGGCUUAUGGUUGGUACAUCCAUUAGAGACACCCAAUGUGGCUUCAAGCUCUUCACGAGAGAUGCCGCUCGGGAUAUAUUCAGCAGCCUUCAUCUCAAUCGAUGGGCCUUCGACAUCGAAAUCGUGCUUCUAGCGCGCUUCAUGAGGCUCCGCAUUGUCGAGGUUCCUGUGAAUUGGACUGAAAUACCCGGUUCGAAGCUCCAUGUGAUCACAGCCAGCCUGCAGAUGCUACGUGACAUUGCUAGCGUCCGAGUUUUCUAUGGUGUUGGAUUGUGGGAUGUGGAACCACCCAGCCCCUGUCGAGAGGGUACGUUGUAA